AUGCUAGACCCGGAUUUGCAACAAGCCUCUCCUUUGUCAAUCAAGGGAUGCGGCGACAACCUAUACAAGACGACUGCUGCGGGACUGCUACACGAGAUUGGCGUCGACGAAGCGUUGUCCCGCACGGCGAAACAUUGUCAGUCCAUGACCGAUCGCGGCGAAGGGGAGCAGGCAAGACACAUUUGGGAAGGCAUGCUCAUGGCGAUGAAGGACUACGUCGGGGAAGGGCAUCCGUCUACGCUUGAAUGCAAGACCUUUCUCUAUCGGAUACUGGCAAAGACCUCAGACCUCAGAGCCGCCGAACGUUUGUGCGACGAGGUAUUGCAGGCCAGACGACAAUGUCUGAAAAACGAUGCCGACAUGCUACCUUGCAUGCUCGAGCUCGCGGCCAUCUUUGACUUGCAGGACGACUACGCACAGUCUGAACGUUUGCUAUCUGAGCUCUAUGGGAAAGACCUAGUCGAGGACGAUCCCCUAAGGCUUACGUGUACGACUCGUCUUGCUAUUAUCUACAAGCAGCAAUGUCGAUACCAGGAGGCCGAGACGAUGAUGAAACAGGUAGUAGAAGUUCGAGCGAGGACAUUGGAGGACGGCGACGCCGACUUGCUCCAAUCCAAGAACAACCUGGCAAGCCUUUUCGUUGAUCAACACCGAUUCGACGAGGCGAAGGCCAUCUACAGGGAGGUCAUGACAGCGAGGAUUCGCGCCUUGGGGUCGAACCACCGUGAUGCGCUUGUCUCUACAGCCGACUUGGCGACGGUGUACCUCCGGCAAGGUCUCUGGAACCGGGCGGAGCAGCUUCUGUCAUCUGUUGCAGCCAUAUCCAGGCGAGAGCUCGGUAGUGAUGAUGAAGAGACGCUGUCGAUCGAGAGGCGCUGGGCGCAGGCUUUAGGGAGGCUUGGCCGACACGGGGAAGCAGAGAGAGUUCUACUCCGAUUGCUGAAUUCGAGGACGCAGAAUGUAGGUCAAGAGCAUUCGAAGACACUGAUCUGCAUGUGGACUCUGGCAAACACGUAUUGCGGGCAAGGACGGCACACAGAAGCGGAAACACUCCUUAAACGAGUCGUGGAACUCCAAACAGAACACUUGGGCGGAGAACACUCCGAUACUCUGAUCAGCAGGUUUUCCCUAGCCCAUGUAUGCCAUCUUCAAGGCCGGUUUCGAGACGCGAUCACACUUGGAAAAUCGGUUCUCGCAGAUAUGGAGCGGGCAUUGGGAGACGAUCAUCAUUACACUGUCACUUGCCGUGCCAACUUAGCCUUGGCAUAUGAUGGUGCCCUACAGCAUGGAAAAGCAGAGGAAUUACUGGUGAAAGUGUUGGAUGCGAGAAGAAACACGCUUGGGAAAGACCAUUCCGAAACUCUGCGGUCGAUGGUUAAUCUUGCUUCUUCCUUUGGUCAGGCUGAGAAAUAUGAAGAGGCGAGGCAGCUCGCAAGCGAAUUUUUCUGUCGAGCACCGAAGGUUCUGGGCGAGAAACAUAGCAUCGUCAUUCAUGGCGUGGCGGAACUUGCGGCAAUUCUUGUGGAAGCGAAAGAGUUCGAGCAGGCGGAGGAGUGGCUCAAGCUGGCCUUGGACGUAAGACAGGAGACCUUGGGGCUGAACCACCCUGAUACCAUCAUGUCCACGUACAACCUCGCCAUGGCCUUCGUUGGGCAAGGCAGGGCGGAAGAAGCCGCGCCCCUGAUGGACAGAGCAACCAACGGAGCUUUGCGCCGGCUCGGAGAUCGACACCCAACCACACUGGUCUGUUGCUUCAAUCUAGGCGUAACCCGUCGUUUACUGGGUAGGGACAACGAAGCAAAGGCUAUCUGGACUCGGAUCUUGCCCGACAUGGAACAGAUUCUGGGACCUCGACAUGUUUGUGUUGUCCAGUGCAGAUCCAUACUAUUUGGUAAAUGA